CAGAGGCAGAACCUGGACCACCAGGAGUCAUGGGACCACCAGGUCAAAAGGGAGAGAAGGGGGACAGAGGCUGGAGGGGUCUGUACGGAGACAUAGGAACUCCUGGGAUGGUGAAGGGCAGUAAGGGACGUAAAGGCUUCAGGGGUCAUAAAGGUGUGAAAGGAAGAAGAGGACCCAGUGGAGAGAAGGGUGAGCACGGCGUCCCCGCAGCGCCAGGAGAGAAGGGCGACCCCGGCCUGAGGGGCGAUGCAGGGCAGAGAGGUGAACAAGGACCCAGAGGAGAGGCUGGAGGUCGAGGAGCUGCAGGGUUUAAGGGACCUCGUGGACCUCCAGGGAGGGUGGGUCAUCCUGGUCCUGCAGGACUGCCUGGUCUGACCGGAGUGGCUGGACGUCCUGGACAAGUGUACAUCCUGCCAGGCCUGCAGGGAGACACAGGAGACCGAGGUCCUCCGGCUGAUUGUAACUGUUCACAGGUUCAAACCCCACAGAGGCAGCUGGACAGAGUCAGCACGAUCUUCAUCGCUGACGGAGAGAAACAGAUGAGGAGGCUGCGGGGGGAGAACAUGAUGGUGCUGCGGACAGACAGAGGAGCUCUGUACAUCUACGCUGACUCUCAGUGGAUCAACGUGCUGGACUCCAGACACUGACCUCGCUCCUUUAACACAGGCUGAAGUGACACCCUGAAGUCCAGCAGCUCAGACUGGGGUCAUACUGGGGUCCUACUGGGACGUCUCCAGGUGUGAAUGAAUGUGUGAUCAGGGUCAUGUUGAAUAAAGCUCGGCCUGUCGUCUGUACAGCUCCUCUCGCGUUGUAAUCAUGUUUUUCAGUGAGUCUUAACUUUUCCUCUGAUAUGAUUUAUACGUGCACGUUUUCUGAUCCAGCAUGUUGUAACAAUGCUUCAUUUGGAAACACUUAAAUUAACCUUAAAGGGACAGUUCAUCCCAAAAUCAAACACACAUUCAUCCUCUCACCUGCUGUUUAUCAGUCUGGAUAGUUUUGGUGUGAGCUGCCGAGUGUUGGAGAUAUCAGCCAAACUACACCUGCCAACCGAAUCACCGCACAGACGGAGUUGAGCAUCUGGCUCGUGCUCGUGACAGCACGAGAUGUAAACAUAAUGGCGUCCUACUCAGCUGAGCUGUAAUGUUAGCAAGCUAGCAGUAGAUACAUGCUUCCUUCUGUGCAGUGAUACAGUUGGUGGGUGCAGUUCAGGAGAAAGAAAAUAGUUCCUACAAGGGAUGGGUACUGAAACCAGUUAUUAAACAGGCCUCAGGGCCAAUUAUUAAAGACGGUAGUAUUGAUAAGCUCCAACGUGUCUGCUAUCAGUACUGGGAAAAUUCAGACAAUAUAUUUCUUGUUCAUUUAUGUCACAUAAACGUCAUCUUGCACACUUUUUAUCUCACUGUGUCAGUUUCUAAUCUGCAGUCAGAUUAAGACAUUCGUCACUGAUGCUUUUUUGCUAUUUAGUCCAGAGGAGAGGUCUCUGUGUGGAGGGGCGGGGCCAGCUGUGCAGCUCUGUGUCACACACACACACUCACAGAGGCUGAAGUUUGGUUAUACCUCAUGAAGCUGGUGCCGACACUGCUUGUUGUCACAAGUUCAACUUGGACAUGUAAGGGCAGAAACACGAGCAGUCUUUCCAAACAUCCACGCAGCUCCUAUCCUGUAGUUCAUCUCCUGUGACUGCCUCCACCUCAGGUAUGUUACAGUCUGUAACAUACCUCUCUCUGGGGUGUCGACCAUUGUUCCAUGUCAAAGUUUUUUUGGGGGAGUUUUUCCUGAUCAGCUGUGAGGGUCCAAAGGACAGAGAGGUGUCUGUUGUAAAGCCUCUGAGACAGACUGUGAUUUGUGAUAUUGGGCUUUAUAAAACUGAAAUUAAAUUCUAAACAAUGCUGUAUUUACACACGACUGUUUCUCUUAAAAAAAAACAACCUAAAAGAACCAAAAGGUCUGUGGAUUAUUUUGAGAUGUGACAUCUCUGCAGUCAAUAUCUCUGCAGCUCACACCAAAACUAUCUCGACAGAUAAACAGCUCUACAGGGAAGAAGAGAAAUAUGUAUUUUUUAUUUUAGAGUGAACUGUCCCUUUAACUUUAUUUUUCAUUGGAAUGAUCUCCUGUUUUAAAACCGUUUUAUUUCAUUAAUUUGCAUUAUUGGUUUAAUGUAUCGCCCAGUAUGACCCGACUCCCACAGAGA